GUUGUGUUGGCAGUGGCGAUGGCACUGUCAGACUUUCUCGUCAUUAAACAAUCUUAAGAAAAUCUUCAUGAAAAUAGAGGUCAAUAUGACGGAAACAAAGUCAAAUGAUUCUGAAACGAUCACCACUACUCAACAACAGUCGGGUGCUAAAAAUGAUUCAAGUAAAGGUCCUGAAAGUAUUUAUACUGUACCUUUGUUGAAGUUAAUCAAAGAGGCGCAGCAACAACAUGGCCUUCGGCAUGGUGACUAUCAAAGAUACAGAACAUACUGCUCCAGCCGUUUGCAUAGGUUAAGAAAAGUCCUUCAUUUCCCCCAAGGAGAUCGCAAGGGUUUCAAGAAAAGGGAAGUGACUUUGGAUAACUUAAAGGAUGAAAAAUUUGUAUAUCUUCCACUGAUCCAAGCUGAAAGAGCUUGGGCAUAUGCAAUGCAGCUAAAACAAGAGUCAAACACUGAACCUAGGAAAAAAUUUCAUUUGGUUGCCAGGCUGCGUAAAGCUGUGAGCCAUACUAUCCAUCUAGAAUAUAUUUGCCAGAGUCCUUUGUGUGAUGCUAGGACCAAGCUUGAAGCCCAGGCCUAUUCUGCUUGGAUGCAGGGUACUCUAUUUUUUGAACUGCAAGAAUGGAAGCAGGCCAGCGAAAAACUUGUGCUAUCACAAACCAUUUACGAAAAACUGGCUUCUGCUCUUAACGAAGACGAACAAAUUCUUUACAAACAACGUGUUGAAGAGCUUAAUCCUAACCUGCGUUAUUGCGCAUACAAUAUUGGAGAUUCCAGCGCUCAACAAGAUUUAUUGAAUAUGCGAAGCAAAGGUGGAAAAUCUGAAUUGGACGCCUUGAUUGCUCAGACCCGUGAAAAGCAGGCGGCUAGUUUGCUGGAAGUAACUUGGCGGGGUCGUACAGUUCCUGUACGACUGGAGAAGAUUCGUGUAUUUUUAUUAGCAUAUCAAGGUCUUGAUGCUAGCUUGGGAAAAGCUAACGACUGUGACGCGAAAUUAUCUGCGUACGAGACCAUUUUGCUUGACUGUAAAGAAGCUAUUCAAUCGUUAAAAGAAGAUUUGGCUGCGGUUGCGAAAACUAAGGUAGAUCUUCAGUCGUCCCAGUUGGGAUCCCAGCAAUAUCUGCUGAGUUAUUUGACAUUUCUGCGAGCAACGCUGACAAUUGAUCGAAACUUGGUGAUGGUUGAUGUGUUUCAGAAGAAUUUUGCCGCUUACCAGAGCGGCGAAUCUAAAAAAGUAGCCAAACCGCAAGAAGGUGUAAAGCUUUAUGAAGCAAUGGUCCAAUUGUCUGGUGAAUUGCAGCAAUUGCAAGGAAUGGAGAAUGAUAAGAAAUUCCAAAAUGACCUGGAAUUACUCACGAAAGUUUUUAAAGCCUUCCGUUGCUAUUACAUGGCAUUGACAUGCCAGGGCAAUCGUCAGUGGGCCGAAGCUUUGGCUUUGUACCAGCGAGCUGAAACUUACAUCAACCAGUCAGAAGGGAAGAAGCUUGGCGACUCCGAGUUUACCAAGUACAGUCGGGUCGGCCAAGAUUUGGCUCACCUGCGCAGUCUCGUUAACUCUGGCAAAUGCGCAGCCCACGCCCAGAAUAUCCUCGGAGUCGAAGAUAUCAAUGCUGCCAUGAGUGGACUUAGCGUGCGUUCCAAAAAGAGUUUGUGUCUCCGAUUGGACGAAUUUGUGGAAGAUGUCAGCUUAACAUCCGCUACCCCUAAUGUUAUCAAGCUUCCUCCCACCAUGGCACCCGUGCCUUGCAAACCGCUCUUUUUCGACCUGGCUCUUAACCAUAUUAGUUUCCCCUCGUUGGCGGAAAAUAUGGAGAACAAGAAGAGUACAGGAGCCGGAAUUACUGGAUUUGUCAAAGUGAGGCUAUCACGACCGCAAACACCAACUCCGAAGAUGGGUGAUGUAGAGAAGAAGAAGAAGAAGAAGAAGAAGGAAGAGGAAACUGCUCCCGCUGAGGCCGCUCCCGCUGCUGCCCCUGCAGCUGCUCCAGCAGCAAGCUCGACCAAGUCUGGUUCAACUGGUGGCUCCAAGAAGCAAGCCGCCCGCUCUGGCAGCAAUGUCUUUUCGAUGUUCAGCCAGAAGCAGGUUGCUGAGUUCAAAGAAGGCUUCCAGUUGAUGGACCGUGACAAGGACGGAAUCUUGGGCAAGAAUGACCUGCGUGCCACCUACGAUGAACUGGGCCGCAUCGCUUCCGAGAAGGAAUUGGAUGAGAUGCUCAAGGAUGCUCCAGGACCCAUCAACUUUACUGCUUUGUUGAUGAUGUUUGCCGAAAGGCAAUCUGGAGGCGCCGAUGAGGAUGAGGUUGUUAUCGCUGCCUUCAAAUCUUUCGACGAUGGCACCGGCCACAUCGAUGGUGAGAACUUGCGACACGCCCUGAUGACCUGGGGUGAAAAGUUCACCACCAAAGAGGUCGAUGACGCCUAUGCUGAAAUGACCAUUGACAACAACAACCGCAUCGACUGCAACGCACUCAUCCAGAUGCUGACCUCCUCUCCAGCUGAGGAAACUGAAGGCGAGGCUGCUUAAAAUCUUUUCUUUAUCCCUCCACCCCCAAAAAGUCGUUGUUUCUUUCUUUCUUUCUUCCGUCUUUCUCUAUCAUUAAAAAAAGAAAUUCACAUGCACUCUGCAAGAUCAUCAGCAGAAUAACAACAACAACAACAACAACAACCUAAAAAAAUAAACUGUUUCAAGAAAAUCCUUUCCUGCUAUGAAUUUUUUCCUUCAUUUUGUGCUAUGGUAGUUGUUUGAGUCUGGUUUCUAUCCAACACCAGUUAGUGAUGACUUCCGAAUACAACUACUGUUAGACCAGAA